GUCAAUGUGAGCGUAGUACAGAGAGAGAAGGGGUAGUGGUUACUCAGAGCAGGCUAUUGGCAGAGGUGUUAGUGUACAGGUGCAUGUGAUAUAGCGGUGGGUGCAGAAGGGUCACUAACCAGCCGUUACUUGUGUUUCAGGCCACUGACCGACAGAAUGACAAUGAUCAGGUCUCUCUGACCUGCCCAAAAAAAACAUGGAGUCUGCGAAACGAGUUCUGGUCUAUCUGACCAAAGAGAAUUCCCUGCUGCAUUGCGCUAAGUUUGCACAGGGGAUCACGGGGCAUUACUCCGCCAAUAACGGGGACAAAGCGUUCAUCCACUGCGGCCUGGAGAAAAACCAGUUUGUAAUAUCAGAUUGUCAGUUCCUCGGCUCAACGAGAGUGCAGCUGCAAAGACCGUCAUUCUGCCCCAUCAAGAACCUGAGCCCCAGGCAAUCCGCGUCCCUCCCCCAGGAGAUACAGGGUCGUGGGGUGGACGUGGGGGUCGCUGUGCUGGUCCAGUCCAUUAAUAAGAAGGUUCUGCUCACCAGGAGAUCCAAGAGCCUGAACAUCUUCCCCAAUGUCUGGGUUCCACCAGGUGGACACGUUGAGCUAGGAGAGCAGCUACUGGAGGCCGGACUGCGGGAACUCCAGGAGGAAACUGGCCUGCGGUUACAGGAAGUGUCAUGGAGCAUGCUGGGACUGUGGGAGUCAGCGUUCCCUCCACUGCUCAGCCGGGGUCUGCCUUCCCGCCACCAUAUUGUGACUUACCUACUGGUUCAGACUAAUGAGACUCAUCAACAGAUGCAGGAGAGGCUGUGCCCAGACGAGCGGGAGGUCAGUGCAUGUGUUUGGUUGGAUACAGAGAUAGCCAAGCAUAUUGUUGCAGCUGAGUAUUCUGGGAGUCCAUGCGGUCCUUUACCUGCCAGCAUCAGUGUCUUGGAAUUAAUACAUGGAUCUCUGAGCCAAUCAGAUCGCAGCAUGGCCACAUUCCUGAACUCAGCGCCCAAAGAAGGGGAAGACAUAGAACGGAUCAGCACCGGCACCAAAUAUGCCCUUAGCCUGUGGCUGGAUGGGAUGCCCACGAACUCCUCCCCCUGUGCAUAAAUAUGAUACAAUGGAAACAUUCUGAAUAAAUACGUUUUAUUUGCGGUAA